AUGUGUGUCUCGAUGGAUGAGAAGAGCCCAGCUCCGAAGCGAUAUGGGACUACGGGACUGGGGAAGUUUCGGUGCGACUCGGACCGUGUCCGCAAAGCCGUAGACACCAGGCUGGCGCCGGUUGAGUGUCUGAAAAGCUCCCCAUUCCCCAGUGUGAAGACGGCUGACAUCGACGCCGAACUGCAGUGGAUGAUUGACGGAGAAGAAAGUAUUUACCUUAGCCGAUGGACCGCGGCCGCUGGCAAACCAAACGAGGCGAGUAUAGCGGGUUGUCUGGCUCUCGUUGAUGGAGAAAUGGGCAACGUCCCUGCGGCCUAUUCCAGACUACCGCUUCAAGCAGAAGGCAGUUGA